AAAGUAGUAGCAAAACACCUUGUUUACAUCUUAACUUACAAGUAAACAGAUCAUUUCGAUUUUUUUUUCUUUUCUAGUAUAUUAUUAUUAUUUCACUGAGAACUUUUACAAAUAUUGGGUAGUAAGGCUGGCAGUUAUCUUAAGUACUGGUACAGAAUGUUGGAAUGAAUUGUAAUUAUUGCCUUGUGUAUGGUCACUAGCGUGACCAGGUCAAUAAACUGUUUUCUUGGAUGUUUUUAUGCUACACGUAGUAUGCAGUGCGGAAUGGCCGGAGGAAAACCAAGGUUGUAAGUGGCAUUGUGAACAGAGUUCAAAUUAAUUCAGACCUGUUUAUGUUAAUGCCUCGUACAAAAGAAAUAAAUAUAAAUAAUAAUAACUAUUGUAAUAAGAAUGGAAACCCAUGGUCACUGUCUUUUGGAACUGCAUAUUUCAUGUAUGCAUGAGUUUAGACGGCCGCUUGCUGGAAUUGAUCUGUGUUGUCGGAACCAUCAACAAAGUAAAAUAAAGUGCCUGGAUUAUCAUUGAAAGGUGAUUGGUUUACCUCUACCAGUGUGAUGAUGGAUUAUAAAACUCCAGACUGAAUUGUGUGGGAAGAUCUUAACUGUAAUUGUUCUUCCAUUUUACAGUUCAGAUAAUGGAAUUGUGCUGACCAGGCCUCUAGGAGGUCCAAGCGGCGUCGGCCUUUACGCGAUUGGCUCAAAGGUUUCUCAUCGUCACAGCGAUGUCCGCGGGCUGCUGUACCCGGAGUGAUGCCGUCCACACUGACGUUGUCGUUGUUGGCAAUGGGCCAUCAGCUAUAAGUCUGUCAUUCUUCCUGUCUGGAAACCGGCCUUACUACAACGGCCACCCGCACUCCCACGACUACAUCGUCAACAAGCUGCAGAACGCGAAGGGUCAAUCUCUGGUGGAUCAGGACUUGAUGUUUCUGUCGGAGGGGCUAGAAGGGAGGUCUCCCAACCCUGUUGCCUUGCUGUUCGACGCCCUCUGCCAUCCAGAUGCUGACCAAGGGGGAGACAGUCCAUCUCUGUUGACGUGGAAAAAGGAACCUCACCAUCACAUCCCCCAUGUGGUACUGGGCAAGACCAGACCGGGGGGGUCAUGGCAGAAGAUGGACGGAACGAUGCAGACAAUCAGUCAGAACACAUGGAUGGAAUUACCCACAGUGCCUUUCAGAGAGUGGCUCAACAAGAAACAAAGAUCUGCAGGUCUGAGUUUGACCCGUGCGACUGUUGCCGACGUGAAGGACUACUAUUCUGAGUUUGUGAAGGAGAAAGGUUUGUCGGAGAACUUCCGUGACUUCCACACGGUGACGUCCAUCCGGAAGGUGUUCCAGGUGAAGAACCACGCGGACAGCGAGAGUGGGGAGAUCGAGCCGUGCUGUGUCAACUUCAAACAGAAACACGGCUUCCUGUGGGAGGUGCGCGGCUACAGCAUCAACACCACCAACAACAACAUCAUCAUCGACGAUGUCGAGAAUCCGUCCGAAACGGGCCAGCCUCACCGCGAAGACUUCUGCUACAUUUCCACGAACGUCGUGUUAGCGACAGGGACGUACGACAUUCCCAACAAGCUGAGCAUCCCCGGGGAGACGCUGCCAUGUGUGGUCCACUCAUACGCCGACUACGAGCGGAUGGUCCAGCGGGGAGACUUCUCGAGCGCCUGUGACCCCGUCGUGGUGAUCGGCGCGGGGCUGAGCGCGGCCGACGCGGUGCUGAUGUCGGUUGCUGCGGAGAUCCCCGUCCUACACGUGAUCCGGCGCAACGCCACUGACCCCAAUCUGAUCUACAACAAACUGCCGCGGUCCGUGUACCCCGAGUACCACCACAUCCUGUCGCUGAUCAAAGGCGAGGCGGAGUGUGAGUUCUACAGACCGUGCCCCAGGCAGCAGGUCGUCGAGAUCAAGGAGGACGGGAAGGUUCUGAUGCGCGCGGUCGACGGGGACAUCAUCACAACCAUCGAUACCUCGCUCGUCGUCGUCCUCAUAGGGUCGCGGUCCGACCUCUCCUUUCUGCCAAACGAUGGACGCAACCUUGGCAUAGUGCCGAAGUACCCAAUCGACAGUACGCACAAUCCCAUUGACGUGGACCCGUUGUCGUAUCAGUCAGUUCACGAACCUAACCUGUUUGCUGUAGGACCUCUCGUGGCCGAUAAUUUUGUGAGAUUCGGUAUCGGAGGCGCGUUGGGUGUCACAAGCUACCUCCAUAAACGGAAGAGCACUUGAAACCUUUUUCUUUUUUUAUAAUGUUGUAUUUUUUGCAUUUGUAAAUAUUUUUCACAUUUAUAAUUUAUUUGUAUUUACGUUUAGUUUCAGGUUUUAUCUGUCAUGAUACAAAUCUCCAACUACGAAAUGGAGUUGACUUUUUGAAACUAUUACAAAUAUGAAUUGGAGUUGACUUUUUGUAACCAUUUCUUGUAAUAAAUUUUCCAAAAUGUGUCAUAAUUUGAACAAGAAAAAGCCAAAACAUGAUUCUUAAUAAAUUGGUCAAAAAGUGAAUUUGCAAAUUAGCUUGUUGACCAAUUGUAUUUGACUAAACUGUAUAUUUCAAAACUAAAUUUCAUUAUUUGCCUAAGAAAACAAACCAGUUAAACAAAACUGAUUUUAACUGCAGAAAUUGAAAAAACAAAGAAUAAUGAUUCAAAGCCAGAAAGUGCUAGUUUCAGCCAGUGGUAUCAGUUUGGUCAUAUCAUUUAAGUGUAUAUAUUUUUUCUUCUUGUAGAUACCAAAUGCUGUGGUUAUACGGCACUGGGUCUAAAUACUGCUAAAGUACACAAGUUUGAAUCAUCGUUUUACUUUUAAAUUUAUUAGUCCCCUAAUUGUCCAACCGUGAGGGGACUAUAUGUUUUGUCCCGGUCCAACCAUCUGUCUGUCCUUCUCUUCAACAGUUUCUGGAUGUUUAUUUUUAUUUUAUAUAUACAAUGUUUCUAGAUAUUGAACUAAAACAUUUUGUAUAUAUACCUUUAUCACGUACAGUUACGGAUCACAAGAUUGACGUUCAUGGCAAUUGACCCAUUUUUGACAGAGUUACAGCCAGAUCACGUUUGACUUUCAGGGGAAAUGUAUUCAAGGGACAUAACUUUGUCAGCAAACUUAAUUUAUCCAUGUAUAACACAGUUAUGUCCCUUUAGACAUAUUUGUGACUUGGUAGGGGACACGUAUUGUUUUAACAGUACUGUCAGAAUGCUUGUUUGCAAUAAACCGUGUUCUGGACAGGUCAAAAGGUAGACUCUUUUAUGAAAUGGCUCAGUUGUAAUGAUUAAAAAAUACAGUAGAAUCGUAUUGGCUUGAACACUGUUUCCUUGGCACAUUGUGUUAAAUUUAGAAUAUCAGUGUGUGUUUUUUAGACCUGAUUAAUGGAGUCCCUGGCUGACGAUGACAUGUUGUCUUAUGGUACAGCUUUAACAAGGGAAGCAAUCUUGGGCAUGUGUUAUUCAUGUGUAUUGAGUAAAGUGACUGGAAAAACAAUUCUGAAGGCUG